CGGGGCUGCCGCCGGUGCGCGCCCGCGGAGCGGCUGCGGUGCGCCCGCGGUGCCGCUCCGUCGCGCCGCUCCGUCUGAGCAGGUCGCCGGCCGCGCUCCGCUGAGCGCUCCCGAGCGGCGGAGCUGCCUCGGUGCGGCGUGCCCCGUUCCCGAUGCAGCUCAGUGACCGAGGGGCUUCAGCGGCAGUUUGUGACAUGGGCUGUUAACGCCUGCUUUUUUUUUCCCUACAUUUUUUUUUUUUUUUCCCUGCCCAUGAAGGUUUUGCUAUUAGGAAUGUCCUUGGAGUAGAGAUGAGAGAUAAAGUGUAAAGUAACUUGCAGAAUUGGUCUCUGAAUUAUGGUGCGUCUAAAAACCAAGUUUGUGCUUCAGCGAGGGCACUCGGAACUUGAAGGCUUCAGUGCUGGUUAGGUUAAAGCUUUGAACCAUGAAUUUGUGGGAGUAGAAUUGUUUAGAGGUGCUAAGACGUUGUUUUGAAAAAAAAUGUUUAAAAAUGGAGUAUGCCUUUUGAUUGCAAGACUGCUGAAAUGCUUUGAGGGUUGCAUCUCCUUUCCUAACCAUGAACAGUUCAAAAUCACCAGGACUGGCUGGAUUUGGAGUCUUGAAAAACACAACGUGCCACACGGAGAAAAAGAUUUCAGUUUUCUUUUCAAUAAUCUUCAUGACGGUGGGAAUUUUGUCCAACAGUCUUGCAAUAGUAAUUCUCAUGAAGGCAUACCAGAGAUUCAGACAGAAAUCAAAAGCCUCCUUUUUGCUUCUUGCCAGUGGUUUGGUUGUCACAGAUCUCUUCGGUCACCUCAUCAAUGGAGCCAUUGCAGUGUUUGUGUAUGCAUCAGAUAAAGACUGGAUUCGAUUUAACCAGUCCAACAUUCUGUGCAGUGUUUUUGGCAUCUGCAUGGUUUUCUUUGGUUUGUGCCCACUCUUCCUGGGCAGUGUGAUGGCUGUUGAACGGUGCAUUGGAGUCACUAAGCCAAUAUUUCACUCUACAAAAAUGACUUCUAGGCAUGUGAAAAUGAUGUUGACUAUGGUAUGUCUGUUUGCUGUUCUUAUAGCUUUGCUGCCUAUUCUUAGGUUUAGAGCCUACCAAAUUCAAGCAUCGAGGACCUGGUGCUUCUAUAAAACAGAACAUGUUGAGGACUGGGAAGACAGAUUUUAUCUCUUACUUUUUUCUUGCCUUGGGUUCCUGGCCCUUGCUAUUUCAUUCCUGUGCAAUGCUGUCACAGGAAUUACCCUCUUAAGAGUCAAAUUUAAAAGUCAACAAAGACAAGGCAGAUCUCAUCAUUUUGAAAUGAUCAUUCAGCUCUUGGCUAUAAUGUGUGUUUCUUGCAUUUGCUGGAGCCCAUUCCUGGUGACCAUGGCCAGAAUUGGGAUUAACGAAGGUCGCUCAAAGGACACCUGUGAAACCAUACUUUUCGCUCUCCGAAUGGCCACGUGGAAUCAGAUUUUGGAUCCCUGGGUGUACAUUCUUCUCAGGAAGGCUGUUCUUAGAAACCUUUACAAGAUCACAAGCGGAUGUUGUGGCAUGCAUGUCAUCAAUUUACACAUGUGGGAGCUCAGCUCCAUCAAGAAUUCUCUGAAGGUUGCAGCAAUAUCAGAGUCACCAGGAAGUUCCAAGCAGAUAAACCUCCAACCUCUCAGCUCUAUGGGACAGUAAAGUGUAGUGUAGCUCAGUCUAUGAAGAGAUGAUGGAGGCAACUCUCCUGCAUGGGCAGUACCUUAAAAUGAAUUCCAAGGCUCAGUGGUUUGGCAUUUGUUAUAAAUUGUGAGUGAUUUGCUAUUGUUGCUUACCAGUUUGAUAUUGCUACUCCAAAAGAUGUCCUUGAAUGAUUUAAUUCACUUUAGUACAUGGAAGGGAAAAAUAUAGAUGACUUAGCAUUCCACUAUCAGUUUUGCAAGGGAUGUAUUCUAAAGUGAAGAGGGCUUCUUAUAACACUCCCUACCAAACCUUUCACCUUAACAGGUGCAUUAAAAGUGCAGAAGUGAUCUCCAGGGUGAUUUUUAAAAGGGGUAGAUGUUUUCUACCAGAGAUACCCUCAAAUUCUUUGUAGAGUCAUUGUUUUCUAGAAUAAAGUCAAGCAUUCUUUCUAUAAGGGUAUUCUGUGCUUCUAGGCAUUGAAUUUACCAACUGUAUAUAAAAAAGACAUGUUGCUUGUGUCCAGUUUAUUGAAUGAUCCACUGUGCUUGGUUCAUUGACUUGAUCUCUUAAUUAUUUACUGUUCCAUGAAUUUUUGGGAGAGCUGCAAACUCUUCAUCAGUGUUAGUGUUCCUUUCAAAUCACUGACAAAACCUGAGGUUCUCUUUGGGAACAGAGAAGCAAAUGAGCUCAGCUUCCUUAUAGUUAUGUUUUGAGGUGUAUUGGUGAGCUUUUAGUCCUUUCAGUAAAUUCUGUUGAAACUAACAGGCAUAAAGCAGUGGUUAGUCUGUGAAAACAGUGGUUUCCCCCUCCCUCCCAAAGUGAAGGAUGAUUCUGGAAGUAUUCCCCUAGUGCAUGUAAUGAAAUACUCAUGUGGUACAGCGGCUUCAUUUGUAAAAGGUCACAUGUGUGUUGUGAAAAUGUGUGUGACCAAAGGAGCACCUCUGCAGGAACUGCUUAGGGAGCAGGGUUUAGUUUGUGAAAGAAAACUGAAUGCUCAGUUUUGCAGGGUCUGUGUCUGAAGAGCUGAGAGCAUUCCAUAGCUUGAAGGUACCAGAAAAUUUUCAGGACAGCUUCACAAGGAAGGCCCUUCACCUUUAAUGCUGCUAAAAGAAGCUUUGGUUUUUGUGACUGUAAGCUGUUCAGAAGCCAAAAAAGAGAGAUAGGUCUAUGUUAUUUUUUAAGAUAGGUCUAUGUUAUUUUUACCUUCUUAACUUCAAGUAACUACAUUAGUGAAGUGUUGGUAUAGUUGAACAAAGUAGUUAAAAAUAGAUUCACUAAGAAGACAGUCUGAGGGACCAAAACUAUUCGCAAAUACAAAUUGAUGUUGUAUGUGAGAAUAGUUUGUAAGUCAGAAAAUAAAAACCCAGAAGGUUUAAAUAUUUCUUUUUUUUUUUUUUUAAUUUUUAAAGCUAUUUCCUUUUUGUUUUAAAAAGGUUGAAAAUUAAGUGGGUUAAAUAACCCUGUACUGAAAUGUCUUUAUUUACCCUAAAGAAUUUCUGUAUGUGAUUUUUUUUCUCAGUCAUAGGGCUGAUAAAUGGUGGACAGAUUCGAUGCUGGUAUAAGUUCUGCACUUCAUGUGAGUUCUGCUGAAAUCUGGAAGCAUUCAGUCAGUGCUCAACUUGGCUUUUUCAUUUCAUAGAAUGUGAUGUCAGUGUAUCUGUUGACAUAAAUUAUUUGUUCCCUAUGGAAGAUUGUUGUUUUAGCAGCUGCAAAAUAAUGUUGGUCCGUAAAUUGUUGAGAUGUUUGAUUGGUGAAUGAAGCUUGAAAUUGCUCCAUUUUGUUGUGUGAAUAAAUGUAGCUUGUGUUGUUCACUCUGGUUGGUUUGUAAAACAACAAAGCAAAGUUUAUAUGUAUAUGUGAUUUCUUAUAUUUUGUGUACUGAUACACACUGAAUGUAAAUUGCAAAGCCUCAUUAAAGUUACCAAACUAUA